AUGCCGCCGCGUCUCAACCUUUUCACCGCACGGGCGGUCCCCGUUCUUCGUCAGUCCGCCAACAGCUCGGCUGCUUCCCGACGCAGUUUUGCGACCAUCCUCAACACCAAUCGGCCUUGCGCGGCCUCGACUGGCCAUGGCUUGAAGUCCGGCCUGUCGGCUUCCGUUCGGACGCAGAGGAGGUGCAACUCCUCGGGCUCUGAUGGUCAAGAUAGACCCAAGGGCCCGACCGAGGACCCUUUGCCCCAUGUUAGCGAAGAGGCCGCGGAGGUCAGCAAGAUCAUGGAUAAGAAGUGCGAUGGUACCCCGGCCAGUCCUGAAUUGGAACAGGGAACGCCUAUUUCUGAGAUCCUGCAACGUGAUAAAGAGGCCCUGAAGCAUAUGCCCAAGGUCAUGCAAGACCAGAUGAAGCGCCCCUCCGGUAGCCGUUCAUUCUCGACGUCCGCUCGCCGCCUGCAGCCAGAACUUCAGGGAAAGGAAUUCGAUGAUGCCUCGGCGUCGGUCGUUGCCAACAUGAUCUCCCAGGUUAACCAGCAGGCUACGGAACUGCACCCUGGACUUAAGUUCGAAGUGCCCGAGAACCUUCCCAAGACUGAGAACUUCCGCAAGAGAUACGAGACGAUAGUGGAGCAGUUCACCAAGCUGCUUAUGCAAGAUGGCAAGCUGAGCAAGGCUCAGAACACCAUGGCAUUCAUUCUGGAUCACUUGCGCACUGCUCCUCCCCCGAACAUCAACCCCCGGCGCCGCUUGCUCCCGGGCCCUCCCGCUCCUCAGCUCCCUCUUAACCCCGUCCUUUAUCUCACCUUGAUUGUCGACUCUGUCGCGCCUUUGCUCAAGCUCCGUCAACAGAAGGGUAUCGUUGGUGGUGGUGUGUCUGUGCAGGUCCCUUCUCCUCUCGCUCUGAGACAGCGCCGGAGAACCGCGAUCAAGUGGAUCAUUGAUGCCUCUGACAAGCGUAAGGAUAGUCUGUUUGGCCAGCGCGUGGCUAAUGAGCUGGUUGCUGUCGCCGAGGGCCGCAGUGGAGUGUGGGAAAAGAGAGAACAGGUGCACAAGCUUGGUGUGGCUGGCCGUUCUAACCUUGGAUUGGUUGCGCGCCGGAGGUAG